CUUGGCGUCUAUCUGAUAUUUCCGAGGAGAUUACGUCGCCGCACGCGCGCGAGAGUAACCCUUUCUCCUUGAUCAGCCGGACAGAGUUUUCCGUUCCGCCCUCGGGCGAUGGUGGCGGUGCGAGGGAGGCAGUGAAGGGAGGAGAGGUCGCUUCUCCUGAGGCCGCCUCGUUUGCCAGCCUUCUCGGCGGCGGCGCCGCUGCCGCCCAGUAUGUCUCCCGUCAGUGAGGAGCUGGGAGCGGGGGACGCCUCCGCCGCUGCCGCCACGGCGCCCCUCCUCGAAGGGAGCGAGGCGGUGGACGGAGAGGCGAAGCAGGAGAGUGGGGAAUGGUGUCCGCAGGAGGCGUCCCUUGCUUCGGCAGAGGCAGCCGGGGAAGUUCCUUUGGUGGCGGCGGGCGGGAGGGCGGGGAGUCCUCCCAAGGAGGACGAGGAGAAGAAGAUGGAGAAGGGGGAACUGCCGCCGCCCCCGAGCCAGCAGGACGACGCGGCGGCGUUCGAGCCCCCCGAGGGCGGCUGGGGGUGGAUAGUCAUACUGGCCUCCAUGUGGUGCAACGGAACCGUGUUCGGCGUCCAGAACUCGGGCGGGAUUCUCUUCAAGUCCAUGCUUAAGGAGUUCGGAGACCCCAACGACAAGCAGCUGAUGUUCAGGACAGCAUUAGUGAAUUCCCUGUCCAUGGGAAUGAUCUUCUUCUGUUCGCCCAUAGUCAGUGUAUUUACCAACAUAUUCAGCUGCCGAAAAGUAGCUGUUGUUGGAGCAGCAGUGGCUUUAGUUGGGCUUCUUGCAAGCUCAUUUGUAAGAUCACUUGAACCUCUCUACUUCACUUAUGGAAUCCUAUUUGGUUGUGGUUGUUCAUUUGCCUAUCAGCCAUCCUUGGUCAUUUUGGCACAUUAUUUCAAGAAACGCCUGGGACUGGUGAAUGGCAUUGUCACUGCUGGCAGUAGCUUGUUCACUGUAACACUUCCUUUUCUUUUAAAUGCCUUGAUUGCCUCAGUUGGCCUAUAUAACACUUUCCGGGUCCUGUGUAUUUUUGUGUUUAUUCUCUUCCUGGCUGGCUUUACUUAUAAGCCUCUCAUUUCUAAUGCCAACAGAAGUGAAGGAAAAGGCAAGUUCAAAUGUCCUCCUGCAAAAACAAUUUUCGACUUCUCCAUUUUCAAAGUUAUGGGUUAUCGAAUAUGGACUUUGGGGAUCGGAACUGCCUUAUUUGGAUACUUUAUACCUUAUGUUCACCUACUGAAUCAUGUGAAGGAACGCAUUGGUGAAAAUGUUCCAGAAGUGACUCUUCUGCUUUGCCUUGGCAUUACUUCAGGAGUUGGCCGGUUGGUUUUUGGCAGAAUUGCAGAUUAUAUUCCUGGUACAAAAAAGGUUUAUUUACAGGUGAUUUCAUUUUGCUUCAUUGGCCUGUUGUCUAUGAUGAUUCCGUUAUGCCAUUCCUUUGGAGGCCUCAUUGCUGUCUGCCUCUUCAUGGGUCUUUUUGAUGGCUGCUUCAUUAGCAUUAUGGCACCUAUUGCCUUUGAACUAGUUGGUUCGCAGUAUGUUUCUCAAGCAAUUGGAUUCCUCUUGGGCAUUAUGUCAAUACCAAUGACAGCUGGUCCGCCUAUUGCUGGAAAGCUACGUGACCACCUCGGUAAUUAUGAUGUAGCCUUUUACCUAGCAGGAGUUCCCCCUAUUAUUGGAGGUGCUAUAUUGUGUUUCAUCCCAUGGGUGCAUGAAAAGAAGAAAUCUAAAGAACGAGUUCACACUGUGGAUGGAGAAACUACAGAUAAAAUGCUGGAAAUCAAAAGCAUCUCGGACUCAUUUGAGAAACCCAGCAAAGAAUCAGAGUCUGUUAUUUAACAGUUGAUAUUUUUUCUACCAGAUUGAAUUUAUUUUUAUAAAAACUAGGUUAGCUUUUUGUUUAUGAACUGAAUAUACCAUAUGAUUGUACUUGAAAAGCAAAGCCACAACAAAAACUAUAAAAGUAGUGGUGAUGGUAAAACAAAAUUGCUAACAGCUAAGAAUGUCUUUCUCUUGUUUCUGGAAACAGUUUCAAAGUAUGUUUUACAUAUAUGAAUUUUUGUAGAAUCAGAAUAUAUGCUAGUGAUGUGUAUCUAAGAACUUUAAAAACAAACAAGUACACAUAUGACUGUAUUUCUGAAACUCUAGAACUGUGCCCCUUUUAUUAACUGAUUAGUUUUUAUAAUCUCCUCAGUGGAAUGAUUGACUUGGAAUUUCUAGUAGUAUCUAUUUUAAAGCUAUUAUUAUUGAUCUUUUAAAAGUUCUGUGGAACUUGUUUUUGCGGCUUCACAGCUUUUAAAAAACCUCUUAGUCACAUCCUAUGCUGUGUUAGAUGUACUAAGCCCAUUGAUUUCAGUUAUUUUAAGAAUGCCUAAUGCUUUUCAGCAAUGGUUUCUUGGUGAUUUCAACUAUGAAACAUAAUUUCAUAAUACAAUAAAUAUAUAUGAACAUCUUUUA